AUGCAUCCGUCUAAAACUGCCGGCUCGCCUUCUAACAUUACCCCUGCCACGCCCUUGGUAGCACAUCCACCGCAGGUGCACGAGCGUGGUCCGGACGGAGCUGGUGUUUUGCCGGGCAUGAUUCCCACGCCCUUCCUGGCCACAUGCGGUGACAGUCCCGACAGUGCCCGUGGAGCGGACACCGUUCUUGGUGGCGAUGCGUGUGGAGACGACGUCGCCGGGCGUGCGAUGGAGCAAAUACGGCUGCUGUGGGCGCAGAUUCAGGCGACUCGUGGGACAAAGAGUACAUCGGCUGCGGCACACGGGGGCGUCCCGAACUUCUCCCUUGGCGAGGACCUACAGGCCGCUCUCGCGGGAAUGGACGGCGAUGCGGCGGAUGAGUCGGGCAAAGGACUGGAGAACGGAAGGACUGGGGAUGCACCCCAACAGAGUGGGGUUCGGAGGGACGCGUGUGUGGCGACGCAGGGACCAUCACGACCCGCCUGUAAACCCGAUGAGUUAGCGCCGGUUGCAGAGGCGUUUGCGCGGCCAAACCGCGGAUUCGCAAUGAACCGACUGUCUGGAGCUGGGAGGCUGUCGAUCGUGGGGAACCACGUGGCUUCCCGGGUGGGCGGUGUUGGCGUGGGGACAGAGACGGGGAUGGCCGCGGGGACCGUAGCGCCUGAUGGUGUUGCGUGGGAUCGACACGCGUCAGGCAUGCAAGGAAGAGGGUUGAAGCGAGAGCGGUCGAAGAUGACGAUCGUGGUCGACUACAACCCAAACCAUGCCAGGCCUGAGUUGCAGCCGAGAGUGCCUCCGGCAGACAAGAUACACUUUUACGCCAAGAAGGCGAUGCAUCUGUUGUUGCGCUCAUGCGCCGCGCAUGGCGUAACAUACUGGCCGACGGACAACGAGAGGAACGUGGCCCUUCUUGUGGUGCUCCGGUGCCACUACGACGUCUGUCAGCUAGACGUUGACCGCGCCAUGGACAACGGGGCGUACAGCAAGGUGGUCAACAAGAUCUGGUCGAAGUUCAGGAGUGACUCGUCGUCGCACGGACGCCGCAGGAUCGUGGAUGGGCUGGAGAUCGAGGUCGCAGCCACCGGCAUCUACAAGCUGGAGAUCGAUAUCGACACCAAGAAGGAUCUGCAACGGAAAUACGCGCCCAGUGAGUGUCGUGGGUGGUACGAUCCCGUCGUGGGCGGAUUCAGGUGGGGGGCAGAGCACCUGUAUGUCAACGCGAGUGACCUGGAGGAGUUCAAGCCCGUGCAAUAUGGGGGAAAGAUGGACCCGGGUGGUGACACCGACGAGCCGUGGCUCGCUUGA